GCCUGCUGCUGCUGCUUCACUCUGAGCAUCACCCAGGGAGACGGCGAUGUACAUCUCACACAGGUGGAGCCUGAAAGCACCGUCUGUCAAGUGAGCGGACACCUCGUGACGACCACCUCUCCGUCUCUUCCCCUCUCCAUCACCCGGCGUCAUGGCCGAAACCGAGGAGGUGCAGCAGGCCAGUCUGUCGGACCUGGAGAUCAUCUCCCAGCCAGCGGAGGACGAGAACCAGUACUUGACUCCUCCGGUCCAGCUGGUGAGUUUCAGCUACAGAGAUCUGCCCCUCGCGGCUCUGGACCUCUCGCUGGCCGGCUCGCAGCUCCUCUCCAACGCAGACGAAGACGAAAACAGGGAAGGGUCCAACUGGCUGAAGCCCUGUUGCGGUCGGCGCGUGGACCUGUGGCAAGUCUGUAUGCUCAGCGCUGGUUUCAACUGCAUCCUGGUGGCCUGCGUCAUCCUGGUGGUGCUGUUCCUGUCGUUGGAGCUGCUGAUAGACACCAAACUAUUACAAUUUUCCAACGCAUUCCAAUUUGCCAGCAUCAUCCACUGGAUCAGCCUUAUCAUCUUAUCGCUCUUCUUUUCAGAGACCGUCUUCAGAAUCGUCGUGCUCGGGAUCUGGGACUACAUCGAGAACAAAGUUGAGGUGUUUGACGGUGCCGUCAUCGUGCUGUCCCUGGCCCCCAUGGUGGCCUCCACGGUGGCCAACGGGCCCAGCAGCCCCUGGGAUGCCAUCAGCCUCAUCAUCACUCUCCGUAUCUGGAGGGUCAAGAGGAUCAUCGACGCGUAUGUGCUACAAGUCAAAGUGGAGAUGGAAUUGGAGAUCCAGCAGUGUGAGAAGACCAAGGCUGUGAGAGAGGAGCAGCUGGAGCAUCUCACUCAGAUCUGCCAGGAACAGGCUUUUGAGAUCCGACAGCUGAGGGCCCACCUGGCCCAGCAGGACCUGGACCUCGCGGCGGAACGCGAAGCCGCCAUGCAGAUUCAUCACGUGUGGGGCAAACAGGGCCGGAGCUUUCAGGUCGUGGAAGGCUCGACUCCCGGGGAGUCUGACGACGAGGGCGGCCAGAGAAACCCCCGAGAGCCUCGCGGCACCGCAGAUCCAGUUGUGCGUGAUGACAUGAACAACUACAUCAGCCAAUACUACAGUGAAGCAAGCAGUGAUACUGGACCGUUUGUCUUGGGUUCCCGGGUCAUCACCAUGGCAGCCAUCGACGUCCACCUCCCCACCAAUCCAAACCCCCUCCAGUCGAACCACAUGCUGGCGAUGGAGCGGGUGGGCAGCGUGGUGAGUGACAUCUCAACCAGCGUGUCGCGGUCCAGCGGCAGCCUGGCGGCCCGGCCGCUCAGCCUGAGCGGCCACAACCCGGCUUCCUCCACGACGGACUGCAGCAGCAGCAGCGCGGCUCAGGACCUCGCGUUGAGCUUCGGCCCUCCGUCCUACUCCUCGGGCCAGGACCCCUGCCGGGACCCCGGCAAGGUGGUGCAGGAGCUACUCUCCUCCCUCUCGGAAGACUCCUGCCUUGCUCAAAAGGGCCUGGCGGUGGACCCCGUCAACCUGAAGCUUCCCAGUCCCACCGGCUCAGGAAAGGCCAGCCCCGAGCUGGACAACAGAAUAAACAUCUUCAACCGCAGGAACCAGGAGGAGAGGCGAGGCCGGGGGAGGGGCUGCGUACUGUUGCAGACCAAGCCGCUGAUCCACCUGCAGAGCAGCACCACCGAGCCAUCCCUGGAGGAGAAGUACCGGCUCCUGGGGCCAGCUGACACGCCUCUGGGGCACAUGUCCGAUACAUAAAGCUGCAUUUACGCAGGAACAGAAUCUUUUCCUUUAUUUUACUGCCCACCUUGUUUGGCAUAUAUCUGAAAUCUUGUGGCAGGACAAAGCCAAUAAGACUUAGAAAUGUGAUUUUUUUUCGUUCUGUCGCUGUGGAAUUCCAAUUCAUUCAGAGGAAGCUUGAGCGUAAGCUUGGAGCUAACACCGAUGCUCCUAAACGUCGUGUGUUCAGAAGUGGAAGAAGUAGAGAUGACAAUAACAGCUCUUAGGCCCUUUUUGCCGUAAUGUCCAACCUCCCAUGUUCCUCAUUGGUGGAUUUUAAAAAAUCUGAAAUUCCCCUAU